ACAACAAACAAAAAGAAAAAGAAGAAGUACUAUCAGCUAUAUAUCUCAACAAAUAAAGAAAUAUGAAGGCAUGGGUGAUAUGUUUGCUAGUGAUUUGCGCGGCAGUGAUUGCGGAACCAGUGGAGAGUCGGAAUUACAUAGAAUAUGGUGCGAUUAACAAGUGCGCUGGUCCUAAUCCUCCUCCGGGAUGCAAUCCUCCCGGGGCCGAACAGAAGAACCCUAAUCCCGUUAACGAAUAUAGCCGUGGCUGCAGCAAAAUUCAUCGGUGCAGGCGUGACUGAACCCGAAGUGACGUUCAUCAUUUAAACUGAUUCCUCAUCUCUACGAACUCUGUACGUAUUUGCUUUACAUGCAUAUACAUACACUCGUAUAUGCAAGGUGUUUUAUGUGUAUCAAAUUAAUUAAUAGUUUAUUAAUCCUCAGAUCAUUGUAUUAAAAAUAUCAAAUAUAUACUAACUGU